CCAAACUAUAAUUAUAAUCCUUCUUAUCGGCUUCCAAUUACCAUCUUGAUAUUAAUGUCACUUUUUAACCACAUAAAUGUUAAAACCUAAGUUUUCUAAUCCUAACAGCACUCUGUGACCUCACAGUGCAGAGACAAACAACACAGAGUCCAUUUUAUAUCACAGCGCCCUAAGGCAUAAUAGCAGCGUUUAACCAUCCAGACAUAAUUAGAGGAAAUGUGUCAAACGUUGAUUGGAGAAAAAAGAAAAAGGAUGGGUUAAGUUAAACCACAUUGAAACCAGACAUGUAUUUAAAGUGGUGGGUGCUAACACACAGCUGCAAUUUUUUGUCGAAGGAUGUGAGUUUAAGUGCCUUUGCAAACCUUUAAAAAUGCAAACAGUUAUACAAGCAACAUUUCUUUUCUUGGCAUUUGCCAUAACUUUAGCGGCAAGAAUAAAUCGGUGUGCAGAACGUCGUUUUCCACCCAAGGGUGAAAUUGAGUUUCCAGAAACAGAGGAAGAGGAAUCAGUUUGUGAUGAAUCUUAUAAAUGGUGGUUCAGGUUGUCUAAGAAGCAAUCAAUCAAAUUAAGCUUCUCGCAUGUUCAACUAAGGCACAGCAGUGUUCAAAUUAACGUUAAGAGAUUUGCGCGAGAAAAAUACCGAACUAUCCAAACAGUGAACGCCAGUAACCACGACAUGACAGUUCCAGUAAAACCACCGUACAAAUUCAUCCAAAUUAUUAGAGAUGGGGUUGAUGGUUCUUUUCAUAUUGACUAUGAAGCCUUUUAUUGCUCCUUGCCAACCAAAAUGCUUACAAAAGGCAUAUGUACAAAUUCUGGUUACCGAAAAUACUCAGUCUGUCAUUUCCACUGCAGAGCGCCUGAUUAUUACCCAAUCCACCCUGAUUGCUUAAACAUAGUAGCAAAAUGCAGGGGAAACCAAAGGUGGUCAACAGAUUUGACAAACAAAUGUGUUACGUUACAACAAUUUGAAGAUAUGUGUUUUAAAAGACGACAGAGUUGCCCUUUUAACCAUGAUCAACUGAACAUUCUCUUUUCACCACAGAAUUUGAACUAUACAAUUUCAGAGGAGGAGCAUGCAGAGCACAGUCACAUAAUGAUAGAGAGGGAAUCUGUACAGAAUCCGACUAGCAUGAGCAGCAAAUGCAGUGAAGCAUGUGCACGGCACGUAGGCACUUCAACAUUUAUUCAUGAUUGCUCUACACACCCAACCAAGGGAUACAGAGAACAGUGCAUGACGUGCAGAUAUGUGCUUCGAAUUUGUGACAGAUACGCUUCAGAAAUUUUGGUGUAAAUUAUUAAGCUCAUUAAGAAGAAAAAUUCAGCUCCAAGGUUAAACUGCAACUUGGAGGCUUUGUUUAAAUUGUGUUUUUUUUAUGUAUAGGUGCCAAAGGUGUUGGCUAGUUUACAAAUACUGGAUAACUGCAAUAUUAUUUUACCUUGAUAUUAAUGUUUAUGGAUAUUUAUGGUGUAUACUGAAGUAAAUCACAAAAAGUAAAAUACAAGUUUAAUAUCUAGGUACACAAUUACAUUCGAUAGAUUUUGUUAUGAAGUAUUAUUAUUAAAUAAGUUAGAUUUAAAAUGCAAUGUACAUUCUUUUAACUUUGAAAUAAGCCUCUUAACUUGGUUUUCAACUGUUUGAGAAUACAACAAUGGAUUAAGUGUGCUAU